CUUGCGAUUCGAGGUGCCACCAUUCUUUUGCUUCGACACGCAUCUAGUGGAGGAUUGCGGAGGCGAAGGCAUCGGCAGUAUGCCGGACGAUUUGGAGUUCGACGAACUGAACGACCGGGAAGAGUGCACGAAGAUUUAGUCCGGUUGAAACAGAGGGAAGCGAGGUUGCAGCUGGAUCUGAACGUGUUGAUGAUGCCGAACAUGCUAGAAACGCAGCAUCCGACGUCACAUCCGGCAAUGCAGCAGCAUCAUUUGGAGAAAUUGCAGCAGCGGGGAGAAAAGUGGUUUCUUCAUCGGUCUUCAGCCAAACUUUCCGUUGUCGAAACCCGCUUAGAUGCGUAUCUUUUUGGCGGACGAAUUACCGGCAUAACGAACCAGCCGACGUUUACGAUUCCAGUAAACUUUCCUCCGGCGUUUAACAUGGUUGCCGCCGUUGAACUUCAACCAGCGGCUGGUUCAGGAGGUUCAGCAAAAUCAUCCGGUGUUGAAUCAGCACCGUUAUCAUCAACAGCAGCAGCAGGGUCAGAAUCCCUGUCAGCAGCAGCCCAAAAACUGCAAAAUUACCAGCAGAACCAGAAAAAGAUGCAACACCAUCGUGGCAGGCUGAACCGAUCGGGGGAGUACGAAGCGUACGCGAUUGUCCCAUUGUUAUAAAUAAAUACAAGUUGUUUUAAACCCUAGUUUAUAUUUCAAAGCAAUUUCAUUCACCAUAUUCUGGCCACCGUGAUGCGAUAUUCGAGCGGUCGUUAAGUACCUUUAACUACCGACUGAUGCCUGACUGCAACUGGGCGAUGCGCACCCGGUUCGGGAGGAUGCAGCACUCGUCCAGCAGAAGGUCGUUCGGCUUGUUGGCGCGUUUUCGGAGCAGACUGUCCUCUUCCACAUCCGACCCCGUUGACCGUCAGGGUCGUUCUUCGGCUGACGGUUAUCACGAAAAUUCUAGGACCACCCGAGGACCAUUGUUCCAGUUACCCCUCCUUUACUGGUAGUGGUGGUGGUGCUGCUGCUGCGAAACAUCAUCGUUGAAGUGAUCAUCGAACCAGGUUUGCCGACAGGAUGGCUGCCCUCCUUCUCGGAAACUCUUUGGGUGGCAAUUGAUUCUGAAACGAGUAAGUAUAAUUUAUAUACACACAAAAAUGGAGGAAAACCUGCCGGAUUGUGCCACGAUUCACCGAAGUCACAAUCUCCCGCCGCAAUCAAACGCUUAUCUGGAGAAACAUAUCCUGCUGCUGAUCCGGGUGUCCACCACCGCCAACUCCGUUGCGAUUUUUGUGGCAACCACCUUGGUUGUGGUUGUAGAACCAGCCUUCUCCGCCGCCGUAAUGUCCACCGUAGUGAUCUUACCAUGAACCGCCACCACCGGGAGAAUGCAUUCUCCCAUUAGACCGACUUUUCGGCGACAAACAAAUUGCACCAAACACAACAACAAUCGUGCGCAAUGUCAAACCGUCAAACUGUCAAAUCAAUGUGGUGCAAAAAGAGGUGGCGAUGUUUUGAUCGAAAACAAUCGUUAAUUAAUUAAUUUCGCCAGUUAAUUAAUUAAAUUAUUUAAUUUUUUACUAUUGUCCCGCCCCUCGGCCGUUACAAACAUUUUUCAAAGUUUAUGUCACCCCUCCCCUUCAAAAGCGGUCCAAAAAAUCAGGCGGCAAUACAAUAUUUUUUUCAAAAAACUUACAAAUUUUAAUGGAAACAGAAGUCUUAUCAACAGAAAACAAAAUAAAAAGCAUUUUGGGAUCGAUCAAAAAUAUUUUGAAUUUUUGUGAAAUUCCGUUUGCACAGUAAUGCAAAAAGUUUUAUUUUGGCUUAAAAAAUAAGUUCAUCAAUACUUCGAUAUUUUGAAAUCUAAUGAUUGCAAUGCAAUUGGGGAUGUGUAAAAUGCAUUUUAAAACUCUUUUUUCAUUAAAAUGUUUAUACCAUGGCUUGAAAUUUUUUUUGCUGCUUUGGCCAGAGUUGAGGGACAUAAUAAACUUCAAAAAAUGUUUGUUACAGCCCAAUUUAUAAAAGUCCAAUGUGAAAUAACUUAUAAAAUCACACGAUUCUUGAAAAAACCCCUUUCAUCCAAAUUUUGAAAAAGAGCGAAAGAACCAUUCAAAAGAGCGAACGAAAAUGAGCGGCUCCUAAAAAAGAGCGGUUUUGCCUACCUCUAUUUCAGAUUCCUGUUUAUGGAUUUUCACUAUUUUGGAUCUGAAAUUGGUUCAGCCGAUCCGGAGAUAUGACUACUUGGACUAGUUAAUCAAAGGUAUAAUCUUAAAACUGGAUAAUUCGCUUUUUAUGUUAAGUAUUUAUUAGAUUAGAAUUAGAUUAGAAUCUAAGAAAAAUUAGAUCUUGACGGCUCACA